ACAGAGUACAAAUUGCAUUCGGAAUGAAAAAGAGUAGAAACAUCCACGGCAGUGAAUACGAUUGGUCAGCCCAUUCCAAAACUCCUGCUGUCCCGGAUCUCCGUCAUAAUCAUACCCCAAUGCCAUCCCUGAAGUGGAAAAAUCAAAGGUAGCAGGACUUUCCGUUUUGAGAGCAGCAACCUCCCCAAUAUUGCUCAAUUUCCCUAUCGCUUCAUUUCUCAUUUCUCAUUUCUCAUCCUUAAAUCAGACUUUGAGUGUCCUUUGGCUUAUUUUCCAAUCUUCCAUUCCCAAUUCCAAUGACCUCUUUCUCUACUGUUAUCUUUCUAUCGCGUUUGCGAAUACUUUUUUUAAUUUAAUGCAAUUCCUCUUCACUUCCUCAUUCUUCAUACGUAUGCCAUAGGUAAAUAUUCAAAAUGCCUUUCUUCAGGCGUGCAUACUUGUUUCUCCUUCUUUUAAGACUUUGGUUUGCAAUUUCUCCCAGUUAUUUGCACCCUGAUGAGAAUUUUCAAGGUCCAGAGGUUAUAGCUGGUAAGUUUUAUCUGGCUUCAUAGCUUCAGCUAGCUGGCAGAUGUGUGAGAUCUUGCAUGAGAUUGAAAAAUACAGCUUUAGGUUAUGUUUGCUAACAACCUGCAGGUCAGAUCUUCAGCUAUCCUGUCAAGUUAACCUGGGAAUUCACAUCCGAGAAUCCCAUUCGAAGUGUCUUCCCAUUAUGGCCUAUAUACGGUCUGCCAAUGCUUCUCCUUCGAUGGCUCUGGAUAGGAAAUGGAAAUGAUGGCGAAAUACCUCCAAUAGCUGUGUUUUUUGCCUUGCGCCUUUUGAUGUUAACUUUGAGCUUUGUGCUUGAGGAUUGGGCUAUCCAUGAAUUGGUUGGAUCUCCGCGACAUCGAAAAAUAGCCGUGUUGCUCGUGGCAUCUUCAUACGUUACCUGGACAUAUCAGACUCAUACAUUUUCGAAUUCGAUUGAGACAUUGGCAGUCGCAUGGAGUCUGGUUUUGAUACAGAGAAUUGCGGAAGCUAAGGUAGGAAAAUAUAGAACACAUGUCAGAAUUUGGGAAUUUGAAGCUGAUAGAUGUAGAAACAUUCUUCCGUAAUACCAUGUGGAAUUCUUGCAUUCGUUGUAGUCUUUGGGAUAUUCAAUCGCAUUACCUUUCCUGCCUUUCUUUUCAUUCCCGGUCUCCGUUUGUUACCACACUUUAUAAGAAAGUAAGAUAUUUUAGCCCACCUAAGAUGCCCCCGCUAAUCCUGCGCAGACCUCUUUCGCUCAUUUCAAUGAUAUUCUUUGGUAGCCUUGCUACAUUUAUCGCAAUCUGUUUGGAUACGAAUUUUUACGCAAAAGUUCCUGUCACUUGGUCCUAUCUUUUUUCUCAUCCUACAAUUACACCAUUUAACAAUCUCAACUACAAUCUUGCCACGGACAAUCUUGCGCUUCACGGUCUACAUCCAUGGUAUCAACAUAGUCUAAUAAAUCUCCCACAACUAUUGGGACCUGCCACACUACUUCUCUUACAACCUUUGGCUUCUCUUCGCCUUUUCUCUGCCAUCUCUGGUGUUGUUGUUCUUUCGUUCUUCAAACACCAAGAGGCACGUUUUUUACUUCCAACGAUUCCCUUAAUAUUAUCAUCUGUAAAACUACCAAAACAAAAAAUUCCUUUGCGCAUCUGGGGUGGUUUGUGGAUUUCUUUUAAUAUGUUAUUAGGUCUUUUGAUGGGUGCAUACCAUCAGGGAGGAGUUGUCCCAACUCAAGUUUUCUUGAGUAAACAAUUAGAUGCCACUCAUGCUAUCUGGUGGAAAACAUAUAGUCCACCAAUCUGGCUACUGAACGGCAAAAAUGAAGUGCUCGACACUCAUGAUCUCAUGGGUAUCAAAGGAGAGCUCAUGAUAGAAGAGGUUAUUAAGCUAGCAACUUGUUUUCCAAAAUCCGGAGAAGAACUUUUAGAAGCUACCUAUCUUAUUGCACCGACAUCCGCCACUUUCCUGGACAAAUAUACUGCAAAUCAAACGGAUUUGUAUUUUGAGGAGGUGUGGAGAUAUCAAAAACAUUUCAAUCUGGAUGAUAUGGAUUUUGGGGAUGAUGGAUUUUGGAAUACGAUUACAAGGGUGAUUGGGAGAAGAGGAAUUGCGGCAUGGAGAGUUACGAUGGACUGCCAUGAAGAAAAGAAGGAUAUGAAUAAAGUAGAAGAUAUCUUGAGGGAGGGAGAAAGUAGUCAGGAGUGGAAAGUGUAAAUAAAAUGUUCCUUUGUUUUUUCAAUUCAGAAUAAUCCUAUUUUGACAU